CCCACUUAGCCCAUAUUGUUUAUCGGAAGCGUACUGAAGUGAAGAGAGAAAAAAGAGAAGAAGCUGAAACCCUCACCGGCGGCGAUGGCUCAUUUCACAGUCCGGCGCAAGUUAGCGACCGUCCUAACUGAUACCCUCUCUUCGUCCACUUCCUCUUACUCUUCGUUCUCCACGCUCUCUUCCCGCUCUCGAUUCGCCUUGCCUUUAAUCGACAAGCUUUCCUCGACCCGAACCGGAUUAGGCCCGUGUUACGUAACGACCCGACCCAAGACAUCCGGGUCGGGAUACUCGCCCCUGAACGAUCCUUCCCCGAACUGGAGCAACCGCCCGCCGAAGGAGACGAUUCUUCUGGACGGGUGCGAUUACGAGCACUGGCUCAUCGUCAUGGAGUUCGCUGAUCCCAAACCGACCGAAGAUGAGAUGAUCAGUGCUUAUGUCAAAACGUUGACCUCAGUUGUCGGCAGCGAGGAGGAGGCAAAGAAGAAGAUUUAUUCGGUCUGCACUUCGACGUACACCGGCUUUGGUGCUUUGAUCUCUGAAGAGCUUUCUUGCAAAGUCAAAGGGUUGCCUGGUGUUCUCUGGGUCUUACCAGAUUCUUAUCUUGAUGUACCAAACAAAGACUAUGGAGGUGACUUGUACAUUGAAGGAAAGGUGAUACCAAGACCACAGUACAGGUUCACUGAACAGCGCCAAACUAGAAAUCGUUCUAGGCCUAGGUACGAUAGGCGCCGUGAGACUGUGCAGGUGGAGAGGAGAGAGCCAACAUCACAGAACUGGAACCAAAAUCAACCACCAGCAUCCAUGGGUAAUCAAGCUCCCGAGAGUUAAGAAACAAGCACAGUGCUUAAUAAUAAUAUAAAUCCUUGUUACUCACAUGAACAAGUAUGCAUUUGUAACGGAGUUUACUAAGCUUAUCCAGUUAUACUAAGCUUGUCAGUUAUAUAACUUAUAUUA